UUUCCGUAGUAAAACUAAAAUCAUAAUGACACAAUAUAUAAAAUUAAUGACACCAAUACAAAACACGAAACGGAAGAAUCUUCGUUCCUCUUUACCGUCCGGCCGAGAAAAGCCUAAUCACAUCUUUCUUCUCUAUUCCUCUUUUUAAAACAUGAGAUCUCUCUCUUCUCAUCACCAUUGAUCUCUGGUUUUCUAAAUCUCUUCUUCUGAUUCUUAUUCUAUUUCUGAAUUUUGAUUUGUUCUUUGGGAGGGAGAGGGUUUUCUAAUUCCGAGGCCGGUUCUUGAGAUGGAGGAGAACACGGCGGUGGCUGCGGCGGAGAGAAGAUCAGGUUGUGGUUUAUUGAGUGUAAUGUUUGGUAGACGUGGCUUGUGGUCCAAGAAAUCUACCGCGGCCGAUAACGGUAGCCAGAAAAGCACAUCUACGGCUACGACCGCCACAAGCAACAUUCAAUUCACUAAAUCUCCGGGCACCGAGUUAAAGAAGCCUCGUGAUGAUCAGAAGGUGUCCGCUGAGCCAAUCCAGAAUAACAAGAUCCAGAACCAACAAAAUCACAACCAGAGAUCCGUAGUUCCAUCAAAACCCUCGUCGAAUCAAUACCCUAAUAACCAUCAAUUAGGGAGUUACGAGAAUCACCAACGAAGUAGUUAUAACAACAAUAGUAAUAGCGUUGAUCCAUAUCGAGGAGGACAGAGGAAAGUGCCAAGAGAAGCCAUUGGUUUAUCGGGUGAGCUUGAAAGCAUGAUUACGGAUCAUCAGAAAGCAAAAGGAACCAGUGGAUUGGUUCGUGCUUCUUCUAGCAAUGUCAUGUUAUAUGGUAAUCUUGGCAAUUUGAAUCAGACCGGACCAGUAACGGCUGGUGUAAAUUACGGUAAUAACAAUGGAUAUGGCGUGAAGAGGGCGACUAUGGGGGAUGCAACGGGGACGACAACAAAGAGUCAAGAUCAAUCAGGAUCUUUGUGUAGAGCAAUCUCAACACGAAUGGAUCCGGAAACGUUAAAGAUCAUGGGGAAUGAAGAUUACAAGAGCGGGAAUUUUGCAGAGGCGUUAGCAUUGUAUGAUGCUGCCAUUGCGAUUGAUCCCAACAAAGCUGCGUACCGUAGCAACAAGAGUGCGGCUUUGACCGCGCUAGGGAGAAUCCUUGAAGCGGUUUUUGAAUGCAGAGAAGCAAUCAGAAUUGAGCCUCAUUACCAUAGAGCACAUCAUCGAUUGGGUAACUUGUACCUCAGGUUAGGAGAAGUGGAGAAAUCGAUAUAUCAUUUCAAACAUUCGGGUCCAGAAGCUGAUCGCGAAGACAUUGCAAAGGCGAAAACGGUACAGACACAUCUCAACAAGUGCACAGAAGCUAAGAGAUUACGAGAUUGGAAUGGUUUGAUUACAGAGACAACAAACACAAUCUCUUCAGGAGCUGAUGCAGCCCCUCAGGUCUAUGCAUUGCAAGCAGAAGCCUUGUUGAAGACCCAUAGACAUCAAGAAGCGGAUGAUGCACUGUCUAGAUGUCCGGUUUUCGAUGGGGACACCAGCACUAGGUACUAUGGACCGGUCGGUUAUGCUGGUUUCUUGGUCGUCCGUGCUCAGGUUCACUUGGCCUCUGGCAGAUUCGACGAAGCAGUGGAAGCGAUCCAACGCGCCGGAAAGCUGGACGGGAAUAACCGAGAGGUGAUGAUGGUUUCACGAAGGGCACAAGCGGUGACUGAAGCUCGAUUUAAAGGAAACGAGCUGUUUAAAGCCGGGCGGUUCCAGGAAGCGUGCAUUGCUUAUGGUGAGGGACUAGACCACGAUCCACGAAACUCCGUUUUGCUCUGCAACCGCGCGGCUUGCUGGUCAAGAUUAGGUCAAUUCGAUAAAUCUAUUGAGGAUUGCACGGCGGCGCUUUCCGUUCGGCCGGGAUAUGGCAAGGCUCGCCUUAGAAGAGCCGAUUGUAACGCCAAGAUUGAGAAGUGGGAAUUAGCGGUGGGUGACUAUGAGAUAUUGAAAAAAGAGUCGCCGGAGGAUGAGCAAGUUACCAGAGGAUUAUCAGAGGCUCAACAACAACUCAUGAAACGUCGUGGAUAAGACUCUUGAGAAAUUUUCCGGUGAUUAAGAACCACUGUGGAUAUAUGGACUAAAAAAACACCGUUGGAAUAGUCCUUGUUUGAUUUUUUUUUGGGCCGGCAAGCGACAACUAGAUGACAAAUUGUGUGAAUUCUUUCAUUUAUAUUUUUUUUUUGGGUUUGAAUGAUUAAAUUGUUUGUAUAGGAAUGAGAUUGUGGGAAUACUUUAAAAAAAAAUAUUCAAAACCUUCCAAUGUCGAGAUUUGAGUAUCGGAGUACCCCUUUGGGUAAGUGGCUACUGGCUACAG